GCCGUUCUGCACGCUUCCUGCGCAAACCGGAAAUAAGCAGAGGAGCGGUCCUGGAGGUGACCGAGAGAAGAGUGUGUUUUCUUGACAAAGGAAAGUACUGAGGGGUUUAUUUUAAUUAUCGUGUUUGACCUCGUGAGUGGACGUAUUGUCCAGGUUCAGCAGGUUAAAUGGGGUCUCACCUGGUGCGGAGCUACAUCACGGAGCGGGACGCGACGCCCGACCCGAAAGGCCCGCUUCAACACGACCCGCAGUUCGGGUUCGGCGAGGAACGGAAAGAGAGAGUGCCGGUAGCCACGCAGGAGCACAUGAACUUGGCCAUGUUGCCGCUGGAGCAGCGAGAUUACUGCGCUCACUACCUGAUCAAGCUGAUGAAGUGUAAGAGAGACAACUUCCCCAACUUCCUGGCCUGUAAGCAUGAGAGACACGACUGGGAUUACUGCGAAAACCAGGAUUACGUGAUGAGGAUGAAGGAGUACGAGCGAGAGAGACGGCUGAACCUGAGGAAGAAGAGGAUCGAAGCGCAGGCGGCGUAGUCGUCCAUCUUCACCUCUCCAUCUCAACCAUCUGUCCUCUUGUGUAUGGUGUCUUUCCCUCUGUAAAUACCAACCUGCUCUCGACAAUAAAGAGCACCUUUAUCCUGCUUAAA